UAAAACAUGUUGUUUUUUAGACCAAAAUUUCUUCAUCUAUUUGGUGUAAUAUGUGUAUUUUGUACUUUGAUCUUCAUCAUAUAUGUUAUGAUAGACCACGAACAGAUCACUCAUAUUGAAGUGCCUGUUCAUUUCAAGACUACCCUGACAGAUGAGCCAGAUAUUGACCUCUAUGAAAUGUACAAAAUGGCCAAAGAAAAUGAGAAGAACAGGCAGAUUAAAAAAGAAGCUCAAGCUGAGCAAGAUGCUGAAGAUAUUGACAAGAAAAUCACACAUCCUAUCAUUAUAUGGUGGACACCUUUCACCGGCGAGCCUGGCAGAGUCAAGAAAUGUGGAGACGUCUCGUGCUUCUUCACUGUAAAAAGAAAAUAUGCAGCUCAUAAGAAGACCAAGGCCUUCAUGUUCUAUGGAACCGACUUCAAGGCACAUGACUUACCGCUCCCGAGAGAACCACAUCACGAAUGGGGUCUCCUUCAUGAAGAAUCUCCGAAAAAUAACUUCUUAUUUCACCACAAGGAGGUGAUGACUCUUUUCAACCACACAGCAACUUUUAAACGGCAGUCGGACAUGCCACUGACAUUGCAAUAUCUUCCUGGAAUUAGAUAUCUUCAAAGUACCAGAAUGUUCAUUCCGACAGCGAAGAAGAAUGAGAUAAAGAAACGUCUGAAGAUUGCGUCUGUCGUUUACGUCCAAUCAGAUUGUAACGUGCCGUCCGAUCGCGAUGCAUUUGUCAAGAAACUGAUGGAGUAUAUGCCUGUGGAUUCAUAUGGCUCAUGUGUGCACAAUAAAGAUUUACCCAAAAGUAUAAGUGAUGCUGUUGAAGGAAUGGACAAACCAGAAUUCUACAACCUGAUGUCCCACUAUAAGUUUACCAUAACAUUCGAGAAUGCCAUUUGUGAUGAUUAUAUCACUGAAAAACUCUGGCGCCCUCUUUAUCUUGGCUCGGUUCCUAUAGUCUUUGGAUCACCAAAACUACAGGACUAUCUACCAGACAAUAAAUCAGCAAUAGUCCUGACCGAUUUCAAAAGUGUUGAGGAUCUCGCAAAGCACAUCAAAUAUCUGGACGAGAAUGAUAAAGCAUAUGACGAAUAUUUACAAUUCAAGCGGAGAGGGUUCACCAAUACCUUUCUCAAUGAGGCAUUAAAUAAACGGACAUGGGGCAUCAAUAAUGACAGGAGGAAACCGAGUAUGAUGGAUGAAUUGGAGUGCUUGAUCUGUCGACGAAUUCAUGAGAAUCAACAGCGAGAAGCUGACGGCUUGGAGCCGAUCAAACAUAUUGCAGGGUUGGAUCAUUAUGGUUGUCCUGUACCUUUAAAGUUUGGGCUCAAUUUUGAUAUCCCUCAAACAGAACUGAAUGAUUAUUGGCAAGGGUUUUGGAGGGAUGGGGUGUAUGAAGCUGAGUAUUUGUCAUUUUGUGUCAAAAGUAGAAGGAAAUGUUCUGGGGAGGAUUUUCGUCAAUACUCUUAUGCUCGUUCACAGGAAAAAAUUCCAAAUAUUGUAUAAAGGUUUUCAUUGUUGUUUUCAUGAAGUGAGGCAAGCUCCUGAACCACUGAACAUACCUAGCACACAACUGCUAAUCUGUAAUACAAUGUACCUUAUUAACCACAAUUGACAUUUUCAUGUAACCUUGUGCCAUUAAUAAUGAUCUGUUCAUGACAACCUCAAUACUCCAGACUUUUUGAU